AUGGACCCCAUAAAAUACAUAUUUGAGAAACCAUCCCUCACCGAUAGAAUUUCCCAAUGGAAGAUACUAUUAUCAGAAUACGACACCCAAUAUGUCGCUCAGAAGGCCAUCAAGGGUAGUGUACUGGCAGAUCAACUUGCUCCUCAUCCGAUGGAGGAUUACCAGCCUUUCAAGUUUGACUUCCCAGACGAUGAUAUUAUGGUAAUUAAAGACUACAAGAUCCUCGGGCCUUACGAAAGACCCGAACCAGGGGAGCAAUGGACUCUUAUGUUUGAUGGUGCUUCAAACGCUAUAGGUCAUAGAGUUUGGGUAGUUUUGAUGUCUCCCAAGAAUUUUCAUUUACCAUUCACAGUAAAACUUUGCUUCACAUGUACAAACGACAUGGUUCAGUAUGAAGCGUGCAUACUAGGUCUAGAGGAAGCUAUCGACUUAAGGAUUAAAUUCCUUGAAGUAUAUGGGAAACAAGACAUGCUAACCUAA